AUGAGACUUCACACUGAGGACACACCUUAUAAAUGUGAAGUUUGUAGUAAGUUGUUUACUACAAAAGGUAGUGUAAAUAAGCAUAUGAGACUUCACACUGGUGAAACACCUUAUGAAUGUGAAAUUUGUACUAAGCAGUUUACUUUUAAAGGUAAUUUAAACCAGCAUAUGAGACUUCACAGUGAUGAAACAAAUUAUAAAUGUGAAAUUUGUAGUAAGUUUUUUACUACAAAUGGUAGUUUAAAGAUGCAUGUGAGACUUCACACUGGUGAAACACCUUAUAAAUGUGAAAUUUGUAGUAAGCAGUUUACUUUAAAAGGUAAUUUAAAACAGCAUAUGAGACUUCACAGUGAUAAAACACCUUUUAAAUGUGAAAUUUGUAGUAAGUUUUUUACUAAAAAUAGUAGUUUAAAGAUGCAUAAGAGACUUCACACUGGUGAAACACCUUAUAAAUGUGAAAUUUGUAGUAAGCAGUUUACUGUAAAAGGUAAUUUAGAACAGCAUAUGAGACUUCACAGUGAUAAAACACCUUUUAAAUGUGAAAUUUGUAGUAAGUUUUUUACUACAAAUAGUAGUUUAAAGAUGCAUAAGAGACUUCACACUGGUGAAACACCUUAUAAAUGUGAAAUUUGUAAUCAGCAGUUUACUCAAAUAAGUAAUUUAAAUACACAUAUUAGAGUUCACUCAAAAACCGCAAAAUCUUUAUAA